CAUAAUCGUCAUAUGACGAGUUAGAGCAUGCGAUGUGUCGCGUCGUGGCGAUAGCAAUUUCUAACCUAAGUGAUUCAUGCUAAAGCGUCUUGUUUUCAUCAAACUGAGAAAAUUUAAAGUGUUUUUCUUUUAUCAUCUUUGAAAUAUAAAUUAAAAAAAAAUAAUACACAAUGGCUGCAACAAUGCCAAUAAAUCCAAAACCAUUUUUAAAUGGUUUAACUGGUAAACCAGUUAUGGUAAAACUCAAAUGGGGCCAUGAAUAUAAAGGUUAUCUUGUCUCUGUUGAUGGAUACAUGAAUUUACAAUUAGCUAAUACAGAGGAACAUAUAGAUGGAAAUUGUACUGGCAAUCUUGGUGAAGUUUUAAUCAGAUGUAACAAUGUAAUGUACAUAAGAGGUGUGGAAGAGGAAGAUGAAGAAGGAGAAAUGAAGGAUUAAAUUUCAUAUUUAUAGAUUUAAAGAUAACACUUUUUAUUUUUAAAUAAAAUUAAAAUAAUAAUAAAAUCAUGUUUUUUAAA